CCUCCUAAAGUAAGGGUCUUUGUAUGGAGAUGGAUUAAGAAUAUCCUCCCUACAAGAGUGAAUGUUUUGGACAAAAUCAAAAAAGGUUGUGAAGAGUGUCCUUUUUAUGGAUUACGGGAAACCCAGUUGCAUCUGUUCCAGGAGUGUGGGUGGGUUCGAAAGGUUUGGAGAUCAAUCACACUAAACUCUCUAUCCAAAAAGGGACAGGAGCUUACUUGUGAACAGUGGAUGGCGGAGAUCCAAGAAACAACUGCAGGGGAUCAAAUUCGUCAUGUCCUCACGGCCAACUGGUUAAUCUAGGAGGAGAGAAACAACCAGAUCUGGAAUAAGCACAAAUUGGAAGAAUCAGAGAUCAUGGGGAAGGCUGAGAGAUGUCUUACAGAGUACGUGCAACAUCAACAAGUGCAGAUCGGCAAUCAAGGAAAGUGGGACAAUCAUUGGGAGCCUCCUCGAUCGGCUGAUUUCAAGGUGAAUGUCGACACAGCUUGUUUUGAAGGUCAUGGAUCUGGUUUUGGAAUAGUGAUUAGAGACAAGAAGAAAAAUUUAUGCUUCAUUUCAGUUCGAAGAAGCCAAACCCAGUGGUCUCCAGAAAUGGCAGAAUGUUUAGCAAUCGGAUGGGGUUGGAUUUGGCAGUGGAGAAUGGUUUUGGUAGGUGUGAAGUGGAGACGGACUGCCUGGGAAUUAUUCAUCUGCUGUAUCGAGAGGAAAUGGCGAUAACUGAGUUGGGGGUGGCUUGUGAUAGGGCAAUAGCGUAUUGCUUCAAUUCCUAUCUCGUAGUAAAACCGGAAAGUCCGGGUAUCGUCUCUCAGGGACUGGUACAACCUUAUAUUCUAUCAAAUUUAUGAGCAAACUAUAGGUGAAAAUGGUUUAAUGAUACUAUUAACUACUAGGAAAAUAAUUAAACUAAUUAAGCAAAUUAAAUGGUCGGGAGAAAUUCAAUGGAGAAAGCUCUAGGAGAAACACCGGGAUUCACUACCUAUCCUAUCCAGAUUAAUUCACAUGUUCCAAUCAAUUUAAUCCAUAACUCUACAGCCAGGAUAUCACUACGCUUGCUAGCUAUCCCUGUCGGGCAUUACUACGUACUAAACAAUUAAUUCAAAUCCUACUGUCGUAGCUCAAUGACUUAAUUAUUUAGCCUGAAGAUCGAUAUCCUAUUUUAGACCGCAUAGCACCUUAUUUAUCCACUGUCGCGUCGAUAAGUUACUAUGUCACAUGAAAUAGGUUCAGUUAUUAGGGUUUCACUGUCGCUAAUAACCUAAUUAACUACGAUUUAUUGUAUUGGUGGCUAGUUAACACAAAGCAUUAAGUAAUUUCAUGCAAUAGAGAUUGGAAGAAAAGAAUCAUGAAUCAAUCCAUCAAAUCAAGAAAUAGUUACAUCCUAUGGUGUUUCCCCCAGAAAUCGGGGUUUAGUUCAUGACGAAAAUAAAACAAACAAUCAUGUUCUAAAUCAACAAUAAAAAACUAAUUCGGUUUAGAAAAUCCAACCAAAAUAAUCGCUCUCGUUAAACUCAACUCAAGCCUGGGGAGAAGUCGAUUGUCGAUUGGCCUUGCUCGCGCUCCAAGCUUGCUGCGCUGCUCUUCUCUUUUUCUCGCCCAAGACUAAUUCGCCUUUCUGUUCUCCCCAAGAAUUUCGCCCAAACCAACAAAAGUUGCCUUCCAAAUCGUGUCCCAGCUCCCGCAGAGAUGUUUUUGUUCCCAAAUAAUAGCCUCUGCUUCCAUGUCCCCCGCUGCGCUCCCUCUCAAAAGAAGUCCCGUCCAAAAUAAAAUAGUCUCCUCCAACAAUUUCCCUUCUUCCUUUUGUUUUGUUUUUUUCCAAAAGAAAGUCCACCCUGUAGAGAUUCCUCUCAAGCCAAUUAAUUCCCUUCCUCCAGCAAUAGAAGAUCACACGUCCAACAUUAGUCUUUAGCUCUCCCGUCCAAUUUUUGUCCAAGUAAUUCCGGCCUAAGAAUUAAUUCCCUCCUAACUUCCGUCACUAGUCCAACGAGAGUAGGUCAAGAAUCUGGUCCAAAGUGGUUCGAUCAUAGACUUGAUCUGUGUUCGACUUGCCUGCUUGUACUUUCACAAUUUCUAUCUUUCCACCUAAAAUAUAUCAAAAUUCUAACACAUGAUGGUAAUGGUCUUACAACCAUUACAGAGUUAGUUGGCCAUAAAACAAGCAUUAUAUGUCUCAAAUAUAUUAUGAAAUAAUCA